CGCUACGCUGCUCGCCUGAUCGUGACCCUACCAAGCCGAUGGCCUCCACCCUGCAGCAAGGCAGCAAUGGAGUAGGCUCUAGUUUGUUUGCAUCGGCUUCCAUGGUGUCUAAAUCAAAUUCCGUUCUACCAAGAUUCACGUUUUCUCUACUCAAAUCAAUCUCCCCCUUUGAAAUCCACAAUCAGCACGAAUCGGGCUUUCGAUUCUGCGCCCCCGCGAUGGCCUUCAGGUCUAGCGGUCGGACGGCGUCUCAUGCGGCACAAAUAUGCAAGGCAAGCAACGACUCCGGCGGCACGGCGGGCUGCGGGCGGACGGCGGGCUCGCACCACGAGCGGCACAGAUCUGACAGCCCGCGCAUCGCGGCGACUCCGACGGUCUGUGCACGAGGCGAGCGACGACUCUAGCAGCUCGCGUGUGCAAAGUGACGGCAGCUCCAACGGCCUGCAUGGCGAGACGAGCGGCUGCUGCUGCGGUACGGUCUUCGUCGUCCCGCCUCCGAGAGACAAUUGAAAAGCUUGAGGCUAUGGUGGAUGGAGGAAAUUUCUAUGAAGCUCAACAAAUGUACAAAUCAACCAGUGCAAGGUAUAUUGCUGCUCAGAAGUAUUCAGAAGCCUUGGACAUCCUUCAGUCAGGCGCUUUGGUUCAAUUGAAGCACGGGCAGGUUACUUGUGGUGGUGAACUUGCUGUCCUCUUUGUUGACACCCUUGUCGCAGGAGAGCUUCCAUAUAGUGAAGAAACUUUUGGUCGUAUCAGAAAGAUAUAUGAUGCAUUCCCCAGGAUAUCUGUUCCACAUUUUCUUGGAGAUGACUAUGAUGACGAGGGGCAUCAAUUAUCUGAAGCUAUAUCUGCCGCAAAAGUGCGUGCUGAGAGUUGUUCAUCAUUCCUGAAAGCUGCUAUCAGGUGGUCUGCUGAGUUUGGGACAUCAAGAAAUGGUUCUCCUGAGCUGCACGUUAUGUUAGCAGAAUACAUAUAUUCUGAAUCUCCAGAAACGGACAUGACUAAAGUCUCAAGUCAUUUUGUGCGCGGAAAUGAUCCAAAAAAGUUCGCUUCUAUGCUGGUGAACUUUAUGGGCAAGUGUUACCCUGGUGAAGACGAUACUGCAAUUGCACGCGGGGUCUUAAUGUACCUAUCUCAAGGGAACCUAAGAGAUGCAAAUUUACUUAUGGAUGAGAUGAAGGAACAACUAAAAUCUGCUAACUCAGAAUUUCCAAAAACAGAUUUGAUUCAGUUCAUCAAGUAUCUGUUACCAACGCUUGAAAGAGAUGCUUACCCGCUUUUUAGGACUCUUCGACAGAAGUAUAGGACAAGUACAGAUCGUGACCCUGUGUUUCAGGAGUUACUGGAUGAAAUAGCUGCAAAAUUUUACAAUAUACAGCGCCAGAACCCUCUAGAAGGACUUUUCGGCGAAAUGUUCAAGAUAUAAUUCAUGACGAAGGCUUUUAUGUUGAUACCUUCACCUAAACUGUUGGCCGAAAUAAUACAAUUGCUGCCGUGGCAGCUCUGGUUCACCGAAGGCGCUUCCUCGAUCAUCAAUAUCCAAGGCCAUGCAUUUAGCAUCUUACUGCAAGAAGAUAUAUAUUCCUCUGCUCACCUGUAAAAUCGUCGAUUAGUCUCGAUUGUUCCUGAAUUAUGUAUAACUGAAUUUUGUUUUCUAUUACUUGUUUUUCUGUUUUUAUUUUCCUUUUGUUGCCCUUGCCCUGUUCACUUUCGGAGAUGUAUCUUGUGUAGCCCACAUUGGAUCAAAAUGAUAGCUGAUUUAUGUUCAUUGAUUUUAGUUUA